AUGGCGAAGAAUUCCACUCCAUCUGUUGCAUACCUCGAGGAGGCCGACGACGACGGCCACGCUAUCCCCGGCAUCGCACCUAAAUACGCCAGAUCCACCGCAGCGAGCAGUCCUUCCAAGGAGCAACCCAACACGAGCAGAUCGCGGAGAGACUCUCACCGGCUCGAGUCGAGAUCGCCGAGCACCUCGGAUUCGGAGUCCGACAUCACCGAGCCCCCCGUACCGCCCUCCAAGCGAGAGCCCAAGAUCAAGAUGAAGGAGGAGAAGAAGCGGUCCUUCGUGGUCAAACCGCAGCGUCCGCCCCCCCGCACCCGCAAGACUGCUCCGCCACCCACCUCCCGUAUCUCGGACGAGUCGUCCUACUACGGAGUCCACCCACAGCAGACUAUGGCGCCCGCAUCCUCGAGGCCUCGCGCCCAUACCCGGCCCGAGCCCUCCUAUAGCCAACGCCCGCCCCUAUCGACGUCAGCCUACGCUCACCAGCCGCCGCACCCGCACCCGGCACAAUUCCCUCCCCCUUCGUACCCCCCGCCUCAGUGGGCCGCCGGGGGGCCCAUGGGCGGGGUGCCCAUGGGGAUGGGCCCUCCUCCCCUCCCUCCUCCGAUGGGACACGCGCUGGUCCACCAGCCGAUGCCCCCCCCUGGGUACGGGGAGAUGAACCACGGCAGAGAUCUGGCCUCCCGCUUCCGGCGUCCGCAGUCUGCCAUGGGGUUCCACCAGCCCUCCAGGUCCCACGAGUACGAGCCGUCGAAGGAGAAAGCGCUGGCACGCCGGACCUCGGUAUCGAGGAAGGCUGCCAAAGAUCCCGACGACCGCAUGCGGAUGCCCCCCCCUCAACGACCGGCUUCUACUCGACCGGAGCGCUUGGUCCUGCGUCCGGGCCCGCCACCCCCGGCGAGGAGAAAGUCGGUCGGGUUUGAGGACGACGACUUGGAGGACGAAGCAGACCUUUACAAGGCCGUGGCCACCCGCCGUGAGGUGGAAUACGGUUCUGGCGCUCUCCCCUCCCGAUCAAGGGCGGAAACCUUCGACGUGGGCUCGGCUUACGAUCUCGGCCACUACGAGCUGGAGCCCGCGUCGCGGAGUCGGCGAAACUCUUUUUAUAACUUCGAGGACAAGGUGCGCGAUGCUUCCCGGUACCAGGAAGACGUGAGCGGGCCCAACACGCUGCUGACGGCCGAAUCCCUCCGGCGUGUGAAGAACGGAGGUAGCAGCCGCUCAACUCGCAGCAGCGAGAGUCGUGACGAGAGCGAGUACAAGCAAUCGGCCACGACCCGCACCACCCGGUCUGGUAGCGGCGAUGACGACAUUACCAUCAAGCUCCCUAUGGGCGCCGUCAUCGAGGUCGGAAACACCAAGAUCCACUGCAGGGACGGCGGCGAUAUCAACAUUGGCCGGAACGGAACUUCUCGUGGGGGGGGCAGCGACCGUGCCACUUCGUAUGAUGACGACCGGAAAAGCCGGGCGGACAAGUCGACAACGCGAACGCGGGCCAGCUCCCAAGCCGGAUCAUACUCCCGGACACGCCGCAUGAGCUCGCGCGCGUAUGCGCCACCCGCUUACGGGCCCUACGACGAUCCCUACGAUAGCUAUUACGAAAGUCCUCGCCAUGCUCCGUACUUGGGUUACCAAUCCGAGGACCUCGAUUACAGCGACGACGAGGAGGACGACUGA